CUCCUUACCCUUUCUCAAACAGAAAAGGGGCAAAAAUUCAACAAGACGUGUGCCCCUCAGUCGGGGACGAGUGAGCCCUCCGCCCCACUUAUCUGGCUGUGUAAUCGCCCCUCUCCGCUCCGACGCAGCGCGCCCAACCUUCCCGGUCCAGACCCGGUUCCUGGCCGCUCCCGCUCCACUCUGGGGAGGUCGGGGAAGGCGGGAGGUUUCGCGUGCCUGGUUUUCGGGGGCGCUGCGGGAGGGGGCAGCGAGGGCUUGGAGUCCCGAGACACACACACACACACUCCCUGAGGCUAAUCCCCUCUCCCUCGUCGGUUCCCGGGACCGUAUUAUUCAAGACACAAAAUAUUCAGCCCCAGAACCUCCCUUGGGGAGGGGAGGGGAAGGAGGUGGAGUGGGAGGAGGUGGAUCCAGGGAGGAAGAAGCGAGAAAUCCGCCCCCGGGAAACAGCUUGGCGCGGCGGCGGAGCGAGGCGCUUCUGUCACUUUGGCGAUCGCGGCGCCCAAGCGCGGCCCCGGCCCGGCCCAGCGAGGCGAGGGGAGAGUCCGGCGGCCGCCGCCCCGCCCCACGCCCUCCCGCGGCGGCCGAGAGCCCAGGGCCGGCCGGGGCAGGUCGCGGCGGUGCCUGGGAACGGCCGGCCGGGGGCGGCGGCCUCGGAGCACGGCGGCGGCCAGCUCUGGCUCGUCCUCCCACUCGGCCCGGCUCGCGUCGGGCAUGCGGGGCGCGCUGUCCUGGGGCUGGCCAGCCGCGCGAGGAUCCACUCGCCCCGCGUCCUCCGGUAUCAAAAAGUAAAGAUGGAAAAGAACAAAGUGAAACUGUAUCCCCAUCCGAAGAUGAAACAUUCUCCUGGCCAGGUCCCAAAACAGUUAUGUUGAAAAGAACAUCUCAAGGCUUUGGUUUUACAUUAAGGCAUUUUAUUGUUUAUCCCCCAGAGUCUGCAAUUCAAUUUUCAUAUAAGGAUGAAGAAAAUGGCAACAGAGGAGGGAAACAAAGAAACCGCUUGGAACCAAUGGAUACCAUAUUUGUUAAACAGGUUAAAGAGGGAGGACCUGCUUUUGAAGCUGGAUUAUGCACAGGUGACCGAAUUAUAAAAGUCAAUGGAGAAAGUGUUAUUGGAAAGACGUAUUCCCAAGUAAUUGCUUUAAUUCAGAACAGUGAUACAACAUUAGAACUGAGUGUUAUGCCAAAAGAUGAAGAUAUUCUCCAAGUGCUACAGUUUACAAAGGAUGUCACAGCUCUGGCGUAUUCUCAAGAUGCCUAUCUGAAAGGCAAUGAAGCCUACAGUGGCAAUGCCCGCAAUAUACCUGAACCUCCUCCAAUUUGCUAUCCCUGGCUGCCAUCUGCCCCUCCAGCCAUGGCACAGCCCAUUGAAAUAUGUCCUGCAGAGUCAUCCCCGAGCAAGCAGCAAACCAGUACCCCUGUACUGACUCAGCCUGGCAGGGCCUACAGAAUGGAAAUACAAGUGCCUCCAUCACCAACAGAUGUUGCAAAGUCCAACACAGCAGUGUGUGUUUGCAAUGAAAGUGUGAGGACUGUCAUUGUGCCUUCUGAGAAGAUUGUAGAUUUGAUAACCAAUAGGAACAACCACACAGUUCCUCCACACAGAACUGAAGAAGUGAGGUAUGGUGCAAAUGAGCAGACCUCUUUAAAAACUGUGUCAAGAACCACAUCGCCACCAUCAAUUCCCACUGCCCAUCUAAUUCAUCAGACUGCAGGCUCCAGAUCCUUAGAACCUUCUGGGAUUUUACUUAAAUCUGGCAAUUACAGCGGACCUUCCGAAGGGAUGGCAAACAAUAGAUCUCAAGUUGUGGAUUCUCCCUCUGUGUCUGUCAACCACUACUCUCCAAAUUCCCAUCAACACAUAGACUGGAAAAACUAUAAAACUUACAAAGAGUAUAUCGAUAACAGACGAUUGCACAUGGGUUGUCGGACAAUUCAAGAGAGAUUAGACAGUUUAAGAGCAGCAUCUCUGAGCACAGCAGAUUAUAGCCCAGUGGCACCAAGCCGCACUACUUUGCAGGUGCGACGUCGGAGCACCUCUCAUGACCGCGGGCCCCAGUCCAUCCAGAUCCGGCAACGCAGUGUAUCCCAGGAAAGGCUGGAGGAUUCUUUGUUAAUGAAGUAUUGCCCAAGAAGUGCAUCCCAAGGAGCUCUGACAUCUUCAUCUGUUAGUUUUAGUAAUCAUAGAACUCGUUCGUGGGAUUAUAUCGAGGGGCAGAGUGAACCCUUAGAAAAUGUCAGUUCUGAAAGUCAGAUACCUGACUCCAGUGGAGAACGAAAACAGACUUAUAAGUGGAGUGGAUUUACUGAACAGGAUGAUAGGCGAGGUAUUUAUGAAAGACCUAGGCAGCAAGAAAUUCAUAAAUCUUUCCGAGGUUCAAAUUUUACGGUGGCUCCCAGUAUUGUUAAUUCUGACAACAGGCGAAUGAGUAGCCGAGGAGUGGGAUCUGCGUCUCAGUUUAAAAAAAUCCCACCAGAUCUUAAAACACUUCAAUCAAACAGGAAUUUGCAAACUACUUGUGGAAUGUCACUGCCUCGAGGUACUUCACAAGACAGGUCACCUCUUGUGAAAGUCCGAAGUAAUUCUCUAAAAGCACCCUCUGUGCAUGUCACAAAACCAUCAUUUAGCCAGAACUCAUAUGUUUCUAUCAAAGACCAAAGACCAGUAAAUCACUUACAUCAGAACAGUCUACUGAAUCAGCAAACGUGGUUAAGAACUGAAAGUGCCCCUGACCACCAAGUGGAGACUGGGAAACCCCCCUCUUUAUCUGGAGCGGCUGUCAAGCCUGUCCCACAGGUGAAUGAGAACUCUGGCACUUCAGAGUUAGAAUCAUCUGUCACUCAGAGGAAUCAAGACUUAAAUUUACAAGAGGCUGAAAUUCAGCAAUCAAAUACUUUAGAUAAUAAAGAAAUUGUCAUCCUAAGAGAAAAACCUCCAUCUGGUCGCCAAACCCCACAGCCUUUAAGGCAUCAGUCUUACAUCUUGGCGGUGAAUGACCAUGACACUGGAUCAGACACCACCUGCUGGCUGCCCAAUGACGCACGCCGGGAGGUGCAGAUAAAGAGAAUGGAGGAAAGGAAGGUCUCCAGCACCAGUCCACCUGGUGAUUCCUUGGCAUCCAUUCCCUUUAUAGAUGAACCAGCUAGCCCAAGCAUUGACCAUGACAUUGCACACAUCCCCGCCUCUGCUGUCAUCUCAGCCUCCACCUCCCAGGUGCCCUCUAUAGGAACAGUCCCUCCCAGCCUCACAACAUCAGCUCCUCUAAUUCGGCGUCAGCUCUCCCAUGACCAGGAAUCUGUUGGACCCCCUAGCCUGGAUGCUCAGCCCAGCUCAAAGACAGAAAGAUCAAAGUCAUAUGAUGAGGGCCUGGAUGAUUACAGAGAAGACGCAAAAUUGUCUUUUAAACAUGUAUCUAGCCUGAAGGGAAUCAAGAUUGUAGACAGCCAAAAGUCCUCAGAAGACUCUGGUUCCAGAAAAGAUUCAUCCUCAGAAGUUUUCAGUGAUGCUGCCAAGGAAGGGUGGCUCCAUUUCCGGCCACUUGUCACCGAUAAGGGCAAGCGAGUUGGUGGAAGUAUUCGGCCCUGGAAGCAGAUGUAUGUGGUACUUCGUGGCCAUUCACUUUACUUGUACAAAGAUAAAAGAGAACAAACAACUCCAUCUGAAGAAGAACAACCCAUCAGCGUUAAUGCUUGCUUAAUAGACAUCUCUUACAGUGAGACCAAGAGGAAAAAUGUGUUUCGACUCACCACGUCAGACUGUGAAUGCCUGUUUCAGGCUGAAGACAGAGACGAUAUGUUAGCGUGGAUCAAGGCCAUCCAGGAGAGCAGCACCCUAAAUGAAGAGGACACUGGAGUCACUAACAGGGACUUAAUUAGUCGAAGAAUAAAAGAAUAUAACAGUCUGAUGAGCAGAGCAGAGCAGUUGCCAAAAACACCUCGCCAGACUCUUAGCAUCAGGCAGACUUUGCUUGGUGCUAAAUCAGAGCCAAAGACUCAAAGUCCACACUCUCCAAAGGACGAGUCAGCAAGGAGACUUCUCAGUACAGUUGAUACCAGUCCCCCAAAAGACAAAGGCACAUGGAGAAAAGGCAUUCCAAGUAUUAUGAGAAAGACAUUUGAAAAAAAGCCUACUGCUACUGGAACAUUUGGUGUCAGACUGGAUGAUUGCCCACCAGCUCAUACAAAUCGGUAUAUUCCAUUAAUAGUUGACAUAUGUUGCAAAUUAGUUGAAGAAAGAGGUCUUGAAUAUACAGGUAUUUAUAGAGUUCCUGGAAAUAAUGCAGCCAUCUCAAGUAUGCAAGAAGAACUCAACAAGGGAAUGGCUGAUAUUGAUAUUCAAGAUGAUAAAUGGAGAGAUUUGAAUGUGAUAAGCAGUUUACUAAAGUCCUUCUUCAGGAAACUCCCUGAACCUCUCUUCACAAAUGAUAAAUAUGCUGACUUCAUUGAAGCCAAUCGUAAAGAAGAUCCUCUAGAUCGUCUGAAAACAUUAAAAAGACUAAUUCACGAUUUGCCUGAACAUCAUUAUGAAACACUCAAGUUUCUUUCAGCUCAUCUCAAGACGGUGGCGGAAAAUUCAGAAAAAAAUAAGAUGGAACCACGAAACCUGGCAAUAGUUUUUGGUCCAACUCUUGUGAGGACGUCUGAGGAUAACAUGACCCACAUGGUCACUCACAUGCCAGACCAGUACAAGAUAGUAGAGACGCUGAUCCAGCACCAUGACUGGUUUUUCACAGAAGAAGGUGCCGAAGAGCCUCUUACAACAGUGCAGGAGGAAAACACAGUAGACUCCCAGCCUGUGCCAAACAUAGAUCACUUACUCACCAACAUUGGAAGGACAGGAGUCUCCCCUGGAGAUGUAUCAGACUCAGCUACUAGUGACUCAACAAAAUCUAAGGGUUCUUGGGGAUCUGGAAAAGAUCAGUAUAGCAGGGAACUGCUUGUAUCCUCCAUCUUUGCAGCCGCUAGCCGCAAGAGGAAAAAGCCAAAAGAAAAAGCGCAGCCUAGCAGCUCAGAAGAUGAACUGGACAGUGUAUUUUUCAAGAAAGAAAAUGCAGAGCAGUGUCCCAAUGAUAUUAAAGAGUCCAAAAAAGAGAGUGAGACACAAGGCAGAAAACAGAGGGUCAUCAUCUCCAAAGAAAAUAAUGCUAAGAAAGACACCAGCACAACAAAAGAUGAGACGAUGUCGCUCCUAAGAGAGAGCGAGCCCCCCGAGGAUCCCUCAGCCCCACACGGUUCGAAGCACGACAAGUCACCCACCCCGAGCUGUCGCUUCACGGCCCUGAAAGAGAGCCCCAAGCCCGGCCUGGCGCAGAAGGCCUCCCAUCUUGAGGAGACGGGGUCUGGCUCUGGCACUUGGCUUGUCGGCACUUCCUCCCAACCUUCUCUGGCAAGGUUUUCCACCAAGAAAUCCAGCAGCCCCGAAACCAGGCCCGCCGAGUUCCCGGCCCCAGCCAAUCCCUCCGCCACGAGCCCGCCCGGCCUGGACGCCAGCCGCCUGAGCCCCGAGGUGCAGUCGGUCGCGGAAAGCAGGGGGGACGAGGCCGACGACGAGCGGAGCGAGCUGGUCAGUGAAGGGCGGCACGUGGAAACGGACAGUGAGAGCGACUUCCCGGUGUUCCCCGCAGCCACGACCUCGGAGAGGCCCUUUCGAGGGAAGCUCCAAGAGGCCGCGGGCAAGACGGGCCGGAGGAACUCGGAGGGAAGCGAUCUGAGCUGCACCGAGGGGAGUUUGACCCCCAGCUCUGACAGCCGCCGGCAGCUCUUCAGUUCGCACAAGCUCAUUGAGUGUGACACGCUGUCCAGGAAGAAAUCGGGGAGAUUCAAGUCAGACAGCGGAAGUCUGGGUGAGGCCAAAAACGAGAAAGAAACACCCGCGGUAACUAAAGUGUUUGAUGUGAUGAAAAAAGGAAAAUCAACAGGGAGUUUACUGACACCAACCAGAGGUGAGUCUGAAAAACAGGAACCCACUUGGAAAACGAAAAUAGCAGAUCGGUUAAAACUGAGAACCAGAGCACCAGCAGAUGACAUGUUUGGGGUAGGCCACCAAAAGGCAAGUGCCGAGACCGCUAAGAGGAAGAACAUCAAACGCAGACACACGCUGGGAGGCCACAGGGAUGCGACUGAAAUCAGUGUUCUGAACUUCUGGAAAGCGCAGGAGCAGAGUGGAGAGAGAGAAUCGGAACUUUCUGCUGUGCAUCGGCUAAAGCCCAAAUGCUCGGCCCAGGACCUCUCCAUCUCAGACUGGCUCGCCAGGGAGCGCUUGCGCACCAGCGCGUCGGACCUCAGCCGCCGCGAGUCGGGAGACCCGCCACCGGACAGCGCCUGCACCUUAGAAGUCGCCGCGGGGGACGCGCCUGUGGCUCCGCAGUCCGAGGCAGGCGGCCCUCCCAGUUCCUUGGCUUCAGGCAGCAGGCCCCUUCUUUCCUUGCCACCACACCAGCCACCUGACCAGAUAAAUGGAGGCAGCUUCCAGAACAUGACAGAUGCUAGUGCUGCAGCCAAGGCCCAACCUUAUACACUGUCUGAAACCGCAGGCAGGAAGGCACAGUUUCAUCCCUGUCUGUCUUUAAACUGGGGGGAUGCCCACCAGAGCAAAUAAAAAGCUACUGUUACACGGUCCAGUAACUGUAAAUAUUUUCUUCUACCAGAAUUGUUAUUAUGCAGCCUUCAUUUGGGCUGGUUUCAUCAUUUUGCACUGUGAAAUAACUUUACAGUGCAUUACUACAGCCAGAAGAACAUAUAUAUAUAUAUAUAUGAAGAACAUAUAUAUAUAUGUAUAUAUAUAUAUAUGUAUAUUUAAAAAUAUAUUGAAUAGUUGUAUACAAAUGGACAAGGUAUUUGUUGCAACUUACUACAUAGUGUAUACCCAAGAUUACUGAUGGAAAUGGCUGGCAUUAGUAUGCGGCAAAUUUGUUCAUUUGGUUUCAUCACUAACAAAAGUGCCUCAUCAUAAAAAUACAUUUGGUUUUUAGGGUGCCAUAUUGUUAAAGUUAGAUUACUUACAUCGAAUAAACGAAUGUGUUUUAUUGGUAACAAGUUUCAUUACAUUUACCAGUUUUAACACAGGUGGAUACAGAACUUCCAUUCAUUAGUCAUUCCAGGUGGAUCUCUGAGUUUUAUAUUCAAACUUUUAAUACAGUCUUUGAGUUUUGUGUGACUUGAAUUUUUAAUCUUUCUGUAAAAUACGUAACUUAAAUGAACAUAUUAUAUGUGUAUCUUUUCUUCAGAUACCAAAUUUGAUAUAAAUGUUGUAACAUAGGUGUGUAGAUAGUGACCUGGAUGGAACUGGCUUCUUUAUCGAGAAUAUAAUUCUGCAUGAGGAAUUAAUGAAUCCAAACCUGUGUCAUGCCUGUGUGCAUACCCAAUUAAACACUGGAAAUAAAAAUUGUUUUGGUGAA